AUGAACAAGGAAACAAUGGACACAAUAGUUCUGCAACAAACAAUUUGGGGAGUAUUAUUUUUCUUCCAGUUCAUGAUUGGUUUUAUUGGAAAUUCACUGCUACUCAUGCUAUAUGUCAAAAACUCUCUGCAAAAAACGAAACCAAUAGAUUGGAUAUUUACCCACUUAACUCUAGCCAACAUGAUGACAGUUUUAUUCGCUGGGAUUCCGGAAUUAAUAUUUUUCUUUGGAAUAAGAAACUUUCUGAAUGACAUUGGUUGUCAGGCAGUUUCGUUUCUGUACAGAGUGGGCCGGGGUCUUUCCCUCUGCACCACAUCCUUCCUCGGUGUGUUCCAAGCCAUCGUGAUCACCAACAAGCAUGCUCAGUGGGCGUGGCUCAAAUCAAACAUCUACACAUGCAUUUCUUCUGCCUUUCUCUUUUUCUGGGCACUCAACAUGCUGAUCUAUAUCCGGGUCAUCUUGUUAAUGAAGGCCCCAUUCAAUGUUUCUGGAAUUGAAAGUAUUUAUAACCUAAAAUACUGUAUGGCACAUAAGUCAGAGACUCGGGGAGUAUCUGUAUUUCAGGGAGGAAUGCUUUUAAGAGAUUUGCUGUGUGUGCUCCUCAUGAUCUGGACCAGCGUGCACAUGGUAAAGUUCCUCUUCAACCAUCGCAAAAAUGUCCAGCACAUCCUUAGCCACAGUCUCUGCCCACAGUCCUCUCUUGAGAUCAAGGCCACCCACACCAUCCUGGUCCAAGUCAGCUGUUUUGUCUUUUUUUACUGGAUCAACUGCUGCCUGACCAUUUAUGUAAAAUUCAGUCCUGAGGUCCAAGGGAUAGAAAACAUCACUGUUUUUAUUUCUUCCUGGUAUCCAGUGAUCUGUCCUUUCUUGCUAAUAAAAGCCCACCGGGGCCCCUUUCUGAACUGCACCUUUGUAAAGAUGAGGAAAUCUCCACCAACCACUGCAGUCAGAGACUUGAAUUGCUCUCACACUGCCUGUGACACUAAGUGCUCAGGACAGAAAAACCCCACUGCAAAGUUUAAGUGA